GACGUACUGCGUAGGAGCAAAUUAAGCCCCCGAUCGAGGAAGAAAGAGCAGGAUAGGGAGAUAGGGAUAGGAAAAUCUGUCGAGGUUCCGCCAUGGAGAUGCUGAGCAUGCUGAAGGUCGGGUACACGGUGCUACGCAGCGAGACGCCGGCCACGGACCUCGUCAACACCUUCAUGGACUGGGCGGCGCGCCGGUCGCUCCUCCUCCUGGCGCUCUUCAUGCCCCCUUACUACGCCUACAAGCUCGCCUCCGCCGCCGCCGCCACCGCCUCGCCCGAGGACGUCGCCGGCAAGGUCGUGCUCGUCACCGGUGCCUCCUCCGGCAUCGGCGAGCAAAUAGCGUACCAGUACGCGAAGAAGGGGGCGAGGCUGGCCCUGGUGGCGAGGAGAGAGGGAAGCCUGAGGGACGUGGCAGCCAGGGCCACAGAUCUGGGAUCGCCCGACGUGCUCGUCCUUCCCGGGGACGUUGCCCGGCCGGAGGAUUGCAAGGCGUUCGUCGAGGCCACCGUCGAGCGCUUCGGCCGACUGGAUCAUCUUGUCAACAACGCCGGGUUGGCCAACGUGUGCUGGUUCCAGGACGUGCCGGAUGUCGCCGAUUUCAAGCAAGUCCUGGACGUGAACUUCUGGGGCACGGUGCAUCCAACCCACUGCGCCCUUCCUCACCUGAAGAGGAGCCGCGGGAAGAUCUUCGUCAACUCCUCCGCCGCGGCGAUGCUGGCAAUGCCAAGAAUGAGCUUCUACAAUGCCAGCAAGGCUGCUGUGCUCAACUUCGCCGAGACACUGCGGAUGGAACUGGGCAACGAGGUCGGCGUCACCGUGGCGACUCCGGGGUGGAUCGAGUCGGAGAUGACCAAGGGGAAGCACCUCUCCAAGGACGGGACAGUGGAAGUCGACCAAGACACCAGGGAUACUCAGGUUGGGCUGUUCCCGGUGGUGCGCGCCGAGCGGUGCGCGGAGGCGAUCGUGGACGCCGUCUGCCGCGGCAGACGCAGCGUCACGGUGCCGGCGUGGUACCGGGCGCUGUUCCUCUGGCGGGCGUUCGCGCCGGAGGUCGGGGACUUAUUCCAGCGGGUGUUCUACCGCCGGAGCUCCGGGGACGAGGGCAGCCAGAUGAGGACGAGGAGGGUCCUGGAGCUCACCGGCGCCAAGGCCCUGCUGCAGCCGCCGUCGCUGCACACCUCGGAGAUCAAACGGGACUAGUAGAGACGUCGUGAUGCUGCAGUGUUGAUGUGUUGUGCCGUAACGGGAAAAAGAAGCAUCAGAUGCCCAAAUGUACUUGUCUUGGAGUUAGCAGUGAUGAAUGAGGCAUUGCUGUUGUGUAAAAAUAUACCAGUACCAGUCCGUACUAGUGCAUGUUCGAAGGAAUACACAAUGACACGACGGAAUCAACAAAUCCA